UCACAUGGUUGGGUAACCAUCCAGACAGUAUCACACUUUCAGCGCCAAGGUCUCUGCCCAUUUAUAUGCUUCUUGGACUUAAAAUGUACAUCACUUCUCAGCAAUCCUCUCUCCAGCACUAUACAAGGUUCCUGUAUGAGGCAAGCAAGCACAUAAAGGAUUUUCUUCCUAUAAUUCCUAACAAAGUUGUAUAUAGACAGUAUUAUUAGAUGUCAGGCAUCAAGGAGAACAUAGUAAUGUUAACAAAUAAGUUACCUAAUAUAUUUCAUUGAAAUAGGUCAUCCUUAGAGGAUUGUGUUUGCAGUAAUGAAUAGAAGAAAUUGUGAAGUAAAAUUAGUAGAUGUAAUGGUAGUUAAGAGAAAUUCCAGAACUAAUAAAGGAAACAUAGACAAAAUUCCUCUACUAAAUACAAAAAAGACAGAUGUAACAUGUGAAAAUGAAAAAUUCCCACAAAAAAAGAAAUUCAACAAAUACAAACAUACUGAGGAAGAUCUUCAUAAUGCAGAAGAAAAAACUAUCAGGCCUUCACAAAAAACACAUAUAAAUAAUUUGCAUUUGGAAGAUUUACAAAAUAAACAAAUAAAAAUAAAGGAAAAAGCGGCUGGAACAGUUGGAAAUGAAUCAUGUUUACCUGACAAAAGUACUAUAAGGAAGAGAAAAUCAUCAUUGAUUGAUAUUGAAAAUGCAACAGUGAAUAAAAAAUUAAAUAUAAAACAUUUCAUAUCUUCCUCUACUGCUUCCAAACAAAAUAGUACUUCAAACAAUGAAAGCAACAAACAAAUCAAACAGAAAAAAAGAUCAUAUAGAAAAAUAAAGUUGUCUUGGGAAAAUAAACUGACAGGAGCUAGACGAGUGAGCAAACGUUUGAGUAACAUGAAAAUAAAACAGAAUAAAUUCAAAGUUAGUGAUGUUGAGAUUGAAAGACAUUGUCACUCCGCAAAAAAGAAACAGGAAAAGGUUAAUUAUAAAAUAGAGAAAAAAAGUAAAGCCAUUAAGAUUAAGUACAAUAAGUACAAACAAAAUAUUGAACCUGAAGCAAGGAAAUCAGUUUUAUACAGGGUUCCACCUCAAGAACGAACUAACCAUAGUGAAUUAAAUCACACAAAGAAAUUUCAUCCCAGAGUAACUCAACAAAAACAAUUCAAAGAAACAGCCAAAAUUAGUUCAGAAAAUAUAAAAUCAGGUGUAAAUGAACAAUUCAGUUUAUAUAAUAUAAGUGUUAGUAGUGUAAAUAAAUGUUCUAGUAAAGCUGAAAAUAAAAUAAACAAUCGUAUUCCUCAUGAAGUUUCUAACAGUUCAUUAUUCUCUGAAAAUAGUACAGAUAUUGAGAUGGAAUCUGACCAACAUUCUGAUACAGCAGAACAACAAAAUUUAGUGAUAUUAAAUGAUCAUCCCCUAAACGAAGAGUCAAAUGUGAUUUUAGUGCAAUCAGAUGAUCUGCAAUGUUCACAUAGUAUUGAUGAAACUAAUGAGCAGUCUGUUUAUAAUGAAGGAGAUUCUGUCAGUUGUUCAGAAGUCAUAAUUAUAGACAUAAAAUCAGAUGGGAAUGUUUCGAAUGAACAUUUUGAAGAGUGUGAACUGUUUUCAACAACCUUAGACAAUAAUGAUCAAACGAGAGAGAAAACUGAAAUAAUAGAUGGAGUAAAUACUUCUGAGAAGGAGACUGGUCCUAAAACUCAGGAUGAUGUGGGAACAUCCAAUAGUUCAGAUUUACCUGAAGAUAUUUGUCAAGAACUUGAGAUUAAAAAAGAUAAAGUUGUUACAACUGUCUCAGACGACUCCAGCUCUAAACCAGAUACAAAAUUUGAAAAAGGUAUUAGUUCUGACAUUCAAAAUAAACAAGUCUCAACUUUAGUUGAUGAUUGUAUUCAAGCAGUUGAUACAAACACAAACAAACAAAUUGAAACUGAUGGGGCAACUGAAAGUGUAUCGUAAAUUUGUUCCUUUAAGUUUAUUGAAUAAAAUACAGUGGCUUCCUCAUAAAAUUUAUGAACAGUAAGUUUAAGUCAGCUUUUAAUGACUGUUAUAUAAGUUUUAGCAAAAUCAUUCAUGAAGUAAAAAUAUUCCAUUGUUUUCUUUAUUGUUUAGAAAAUUAUUAUUGUUAUUUAUACAAUUAUUAAUGGGGUGCAGCUAAAGGGAUAAGUCAAAUUGUGUCACAUGCACACACCCCCACACUCACAAGUACAAAGGAUUGGGACCAGCCCAGUACCUUGUGAUUUCUCUACUAAUAGGUGGACCUCAUGAAUAUUCUUUUUAUUUUAUUCCGAAGUGGCAAGUUCUGGGUAAUGUAUGUUGUUUGAUAUAAUGUUUCUUUUAGAGAUGUUUAAAUUCAAUAUAAACUUCAGGAUAAAAUUUUGAAAAACAUAAAUCUGGGUUUGAUUGGAGAAGUGCACUAACAGUAAGAAAUAUCACCGGUCCUAACUCCAAGACUUGUGAGGUGUAGUUUGGGUUUGAAUCUGUCUGAGCCCAGCUGCACACCCUAAUUCAUAAUUUUAUACUAAAUAAAUGAAUCAUAAUCUUUUUUUAACCAUAAACCAGAAGUAUUAGAUAUAACACAUACAGCAAUAAGGGUAUAUCAAUGUGUGGUGUAGUAAUAUGGUUUAGUUUUAUUUGGUUUUAUAUACUACUUAUAGAGUAAAUAAAAAGCUGCUAUCAGCAUAAUGGUAGUAAUACAGGUAGUAAUUUUGACAUAAAAUUACUAAUACUCAUUAGAUAGACCAGAUAAUAAUGAAACUUAGUACAGGUUACUGCUAAUUGUAUUCUGUAGGCAAUUUUGUUUGAUGUUAUGAAAAUAAAAGAAAUGUUAUUACAUUUA